AUGCGCUUCCGUAUUGCCAACGUUUCGUCGUUUAAAUCAAGCACGAGGCAUGGCCAGCGGAAAAUGCGUUACCACGACCCGCCAAUAGUCAAAACAGAUUCAGCCAAGCACGGCUACAUCUCUGUUCCGAUAUUAUACGAGCCGCCUCAGGUGUGGAGCCACCAUGUGAUUCCUUUGGUCCUUGACAAGUUCUCGGUCCGGCCUGUGGAUACUAGCAUAAACAGUAGCAUGUUUGCUACCAUCCCACGUAUCAUAUCCAACACGCAAGAAGGGUCCCAGGUCUAUGCAGUCUGUGAUGCUAUUGCAUGUGCAUAUUUAGCGAGUACGACGGGAUCGACAGCUGCGAUUGCCAAUAGAAGCCGGACGUACGGGACAGCACUGAGGACUGUCAAUGCAGCUCUUGAUGAUCCUACUCAAUACAAGAAUGAUAGCACAUUAUUAGCGAUUUGGAUGUUUGUGGUGUACGAGGGUCAGAGCAGGGAAACCGCCACUGUCAAGGCAUGGCCUCUUUAA